AUGUUUUAAGUUUUAAGAAGUGUGUUUGAAGGGAGAAAUCAUUUUGAAAAUUAUUGGUGUCAUCUUUGUAAAAUGGAGAUAAUUUAGAGAACUUAUAAUUAAGAUGAAGAUCAUCAGGAAUAUUGCAUAUUAUGCGAUAGUCCAUUAGAAUAAAUGGAAUAGGAUAUUAACGAUACAGAAUUACGUUCUUUUGAGAUCUACGUAUCUCCAGAGGCUUAAUAAUCAAGGGCAUUAUCUAGUUGGGCAUAGAACCUUAGUGAAAUCUCAGAUUUUCUAAAUAUUCUAGCUCAUUUUACAGAGAAUUUAAUUUUCUUAGAAGAACAAUAGUAAGGAGCUACUGAGUCCUAAAUAAGUAGUUUAAGGGAACAUGUGGCAAUGAUUGAAGAUUAAUCAUAAACUUGCUAUAUAUGUCAAGAGGACUUUAUGUAGGAUGAGACAGAGUUAGAAAUGAGUUGUUCUCACAACUUUCACAAAGAUUGCUUGACAUAAUGGUUAAAGCUUAAUAAUUCUUGUCCAGUUUGUAGAGCAAAAAUCAAUUGA